AUGCAGACAAUCAAGAAACUCUGCAUCCUACAUCCUUUCCUUCUGCUACUCAAUUUCUGGUUAGCAAUUUCAAUUCCUCAAGAUGCUUCAACAAGGAUUUAUGAAAAAUUCAAGAUUCAAACACCCUUUUCAAAUCCAAAUUCAACUGCAUUAUCCCUUUUAAAUCGAACAGUCAUCUGCAAAUCUCAGAAACUAUACCAUAGUAAUAGAACCUCUAACAGCCUCUUCCCAGUCUCCUAUACUAACUACAAAUGUAAAAGUCUGAUCAUCUCCAACCCUUCUUCUUCUUCUUCUUCACUCCACCAUGUCUUCUCCUUAAACCCCUCCAACUCACUUUUACUCUACAACUGCUCAAACAAAACACCCUCAUCGUCACCACUGUUUCAAAACUUCACCUGCUUACAUGCAUGUGGACUUGCAUCCUCUUCUUGCUUGCUAGUUGAUGAUGUCACAAAGCUUGACAUGGGAUUUCAUCCAAGAGAUUUGAAUUGCUCAUGUUACAGCAGGGUGCAUAGAAGAUCUUUAGAUGGGAGCUAUGAAGCACAUAAGUUGAGAACAAGAGUUUCUUUUGACAUCCCUGACCACAUUCCCAAUAUCUGCGAUGAGUGUCAAAAGCCUAAUGGCAAUUGUACUGCUGGGUUGAAGUGCAUAUGCCACCCUAAAGAGUGCAAAAACAAAGUCAUAUCUAGGGCUGGAUCCAUCAAUGCUUUGGGUAACAUCCUGGUCUCUUUGCUUUCUCUUGUAGCACUAAUGGUUUUGGCAGACAAUCCUUGA